UGUUCUCUGUCCGCUUUAACAUACUUGUUGUUUAUCAGAUGUAAUAGACUAGAAUGAUGACAUACAUGUUUGUAAUGCCCAUCGAACAACACCGCAAAAUGAUGAAUACAAAGACUGUUAUCGCGCUUUGUUUGGUGUUGGGUUUGUGUCACUCUAGGAGAUUAUUGGGCGGACGGAAAACAGUAAGCGUGAAUGACCCAAAAGUUCAGGAAAUUGCAGCGUGGGCCAGUAGUGAGCUGAAUGGGAGCCUGGUGGCUGUAUCACGGGCUCAAACUCAGGUGGUGGCUGGAGUACGUUACUAUCUGACCAUCCAGCUGUCUGUAAUCACAGGGAAUGCCAACGAGACACUUACUUGCUCAGUGAAGGUGUUGGACAAAGCGUGGAUCGAAAUUCCGGGACCUAGAGUUUUCCACAUGUUGAAAUAAUGUGCCCUUGGUCAAUGUUUGCGCGGGCAACGAUCUUUAUCUGUUAACGAUAUACUUAUACACACAAAAAGUUACAAUUUCGAUAACAAUUUCAUUAUGCCCAGUGAAGUAAUAUUCACAUGAUGUUGGAUCGCAUGUUUGCAAUAUGUAGCUGUCGAAAUCGGUGUAUUUAUAAAUGGGCCGUUCUCUAUCAAAACGGGGUUUAAUGCAUGUGCGUAAAGUGUAGUCCCUGAUUAGCACAGUCUAACCGGUACGACACUUUCCGCUUUUAUGAUAUUUUUCGUUUCAAGAAAAGCUAUUCUUAGCAAAAAUCUAAAUUAGGCGGAACGUGUCGUUCCUGAUAAGCCUGUGCGGACUACACAGGCUAUUCUAGGACGCACAUGCAUUAAACCCCUUUUUCACAGAGCACGGUCCAAAUUAUUUUAUGUAAUUUAGUUAAUUAAACCUUUGUCAUGUGUUGUAUGUUAGGAUAUGACAACAUUUAUUAUAUAUUUAAUGGUUUUGAUUUCAUUUAACGUUGUUUGCAAAUUUAAAUAAAUAUGCUUUGAGCAAAGUUUCUGAUUCAUACCAAGGUCAUUAAUGGCAUAUGUUAAGAAUACAUUUUAGUGUGACCAGUUCUAAUAUAUGAAAAUGUUGAAACAUAUCUAUUCCUGGAUAUUUCAUAAUUUGCAGCUGUAAAGAACGAUACUUUUGCUAAAUGAAUCAUCGAUAGAUAAAAAUAAGUCUAGUAAAGUCACAGUGUAAUCAAAUGCACAGUAUGACCUGCGCGAUGCCCAAAAUUGGGUACUUACGAUGGAAUAGAGGUGACAUUUACUCCUCUUUUUUUAAUUGCACUCCUCUUUUUUUCUAUCUCGUGGCCACGACUUAGUAACUCGUGGCCACGGUAUAGAAAAAAGAGGAGUGCAAAACUAAAUAAAUGAGGAGUUCAAUUAAAAUCAAAGUACUGAUAGUACUGGUGUGACGAUGCUUUUGAAGAGGAUGGAUAUUAAAACAUCAAUUUAAGUUUAUCUACAUCACAACAAUUGUGUUUACGGGUACGAAAAAAAAAUUGGUUACGAAAAAAAGUUUGGGUACGAAAAAAUAGGGUACAAAAAGUUUGGGUACGGAAAAAUGGGGGUAUGGGGAAGUAGUACCCGUAGAAAACUUGACCCACAAUCGCACAUUCUCGGCCCUUUCCGUCAAACAUCGGAUGAGUACCUCGAAGGCAAUAGUAUGAAUACACAUUUCGGAAGCGGUAAUGAGUUCCUACCUACGCGCGUCAAAAUGUUAGCGAAAUAUGUAAACAAAGCGGUAGCCUGUCAGGAAUGUUUGAAAUAACGAAGAAAUUCGUGUAUUGAUGUUAGUUAAUUGAAGAAAUGUAUAGAAAAUAUGUUAUAUAAGCAAUCGGCGAUAUUUUUCUCAGCAACAUAAUUGUUCAUAGUUUGAUAUCACAAAACGGAAGUUAAAGUAGAACUGUCAAAAAUGACAACAUGUCAACGUGUUGUUUUUGCUGGCAAGAGAGGGCGAUUACACUCAGUGUGUUCACAUUUUUACCAUAGGCUUUGCCAAUGACCUUUAUAGUAUGGGUGGCCUUGUUAUUAUUUAUUGCUAUCAUGGAACUGCAUGAUCGUGUAUAUGUUAACAAUACACAACGCAUAAAUAAUUAUAUAAAUUACUGAUUGAGCCUAUAAUAAUCUUAUAACUAUCGCCAGGUCAACUAAGGACUUAAAAUACAAUUGUUUGUCCUGAGUUCAUGAAUACUUGAGCUAUUUAUGCACAUAGAGCAUUAAGAUAUGGGGAUGAUGACAAAUAAAAAAUAUUUUUGAUCUGU